UGUACCAGCAGGGAUGGAAUCUUCGGACUCUGAAUGUGACAUGAUUGUUUGUAAUGUUACUGAUGGAUCUGACUGUGAAAACAAAUCACACAAAGAAACUUCCGAUAACGUAAUUCGAAAUGCGAUGAGUGACACUGGCAAUAAAACUAAAAAAGCAGUACAUCUUAAUAGAACAUUUCCAAUAAAAACGGAUGAUACAAAUACAUCUACUGAAUAUGCAAGAAAGAGGUCUGGUUUUCAUACACGUAAUGAGUAUGUUAGUUCGAAUAGUACCUUAGAACAUAGUCAACGCAGAGACCGACAGGAACCACCUGUACAUCUGGAUAACAUGCGAAUGGCUGUUAUGCAAGGCAACCUCAAUGUUUUGAGUUCAAUACUUGGUGAAGAUAUAAAUAUUGAUACUGUAUUAAAAGCUGGUUGGACUGCACUCAUGUAUGCCUGUAGUUGUGGACAUCAUGAAAUUGUUGAGUUUCUUCUCAAGAAAAAUGCUAAUCCAAACUUUCAUAAAGAUGCUUUUACACCAUUGAUGGCUGCAUGUGCUUCCAGGAAAGAUGAAGAAGAAGAUCUGUUAAAAUGUGUUGAAUACUUGUUGGAGUAUGGGGCAGAUGCUAACAUUUGGGAAAGGCAUCAAAUGACACCACUGAUGUUUGCAGCACGUGAAGGAAGAAGUAAAAUAAUACAAAAGCUGAUUGAAUAUGGCACAGAUCUGAACAGACAAGACAAUCGAGGCUGGACGGCUUUAGCAUGGGCAGCAAACCGUGGACACGGUCUUGUUGUGAGAACACUUCUAGAUGCGAGAGCAGACCCUAAUCUUGUAAGUCUGAGCGGUCAGAAACCAGCAGAACUAGCAUUUUCACAAGGUCAUAACAUGAUUGGGGAAAUCCUGGAAAAUUUAUCAAUGAAGACCCAGAGAGAGUUAAGUGAUUCUGACAAGCAGAAACUAGAGGAAGUGGAAGGCCAAUCAAAUCCCCUUUUAACCACAACUUCAAGUUCCAGUGAAAAACAAGAUAGUAAAUACAUGAGAUUUGGAGACCUUGAAAUGUUUCUAAGCAGCUUGGAGCUCUCUGCCCUUAUUCCAGUUUUUCAUGAUCACCAGAUCAACUUUCAUGAUCUUUUGUUGAUGACUGAACAUGACCUCGAGAAGGUAGGAGUAGAUAAAUUUGGAGUUCGGAAGAAAAUUCUAGAUGCUAUCCAUGAAGUACAUGAGAAAAAAUGGGAGAAGUCCAGCCUCCCAGACUUAAAGCAGAAGAAAUACAUUAGUUGUCCAGAUGCUGUUGCUUUAAUGGCUAAUAUUGCCCAACACCUUAGUUAUAUACAAAGUACAGUGCUGUACCUACGGAAACAAAUUCAGAACCAGCCUCGGCUGUUAGAAUUAGGCCAGGAGAUAAACAAUAUUCAACAGCUGACUAAAGAAACAUAUCAAAGUAUGAAAAAUAUCCAAUCUCUUCAAGAAGAGAUAAAUUGCCUGAAAAUGCAUCUGUACAAGAUUCAGAAUAAUGUGCAGUACCUCCCUGCAGAUAUUAUUAAAGGGCAAUCUGACGAACAUCAAACCAGCCAGAACAAAUCCAAGAAAAUCAUAGUAAUUGGACUAGGCACAAUAGCUGUUGGAAUUAUGGGUAGUUUACUGUGGAAAAAUCAUGAAAAAUUACAAAUAUUGUGGACUUUCAGAAAGUAGAAAUGAGACAAUUCAACGUUUCUCAAGAAAACUUGUAGUAAACACUUUGUAAUUUUGCAAGAAACUGUUCAAUGAUAUCGGAACUAUUCACUAGUACAAGGCUCUGCUUGAGUGGAGCAUGAGUUUCUCAAAGAUACACAAUCAGAACUUAUUUUCUUUUAUUUAUUUCACUUUUUCUGUGAUGCUUCUUGUCCCCUGAUGUGACAGUGGGAAAUUUAUGGACUUACAACAUUAAUAUACGGGGUUUGAUUUCCCGUGGUGGACACAGCAGAUAGUGCCUAAUGUGUUUUACUUUAAAUAACAAACAAGUAAAUAAGUGAUGCUCCUAACGUGCACUUUUUUCAUAAUCAGUAUGAGAUGCUUUGAUUAUAAAAAGAAAGACAGAUAUCACCUGUAAUAAAGACAUUUGAACAACUUUCAAACUCCUUACACAUUCUUGAUGUGUACACUGCAACAGUAAAUUCUAUCUUCAUUUUCAUGGCAGCAUGAUGAGCUUUGGCUAAUCUAUUGGAUUAAAUACUUCUAGGAGAGAUUUGACAAGAUGUGUAAACAUCAAUGAUGAUACUCUGGUUGCUAUUAAUAAAGCUCCUAUAGGUAUUACAAUUAAGUUCAUUUGUAAAAAAAAAAAAAACUUUCACACUUGUUUGUUGAUAUUGAAUUGAUAUUGUUGAUGGUCCUGUAGAGUGGGAGUAGUUUCGAUGGAAUGUCUUUCUUUUUACUAUAGUUAGAAAUGUACUCUUGAAAUCCUUGCACUAUUUGUCUCUCUCUUCAAUUUGUAGACAAACACAUAAUAUUCUUCUUUUUCUCUCCAAUUGUCAAGUCAGUCUUUUUGGGCCAAUGUAUGAGAUACAGUACUUUGAAACCAUUAAGUAUUCCUACACCAGUGUCAGUCAGGUAGAGUCUUAUAAUAAUGUGUCACCUUGACAGUUCUGUGCAAGGAAACUCCUUAGAACUUCAAUCAGUUAAGUAGCUUGGUUAGCUUGAGUUGAGUAUGGGCCACAAUUCUCAACCCUGCUUUCAAAGAGUUUAACUUAUUGUACAUCUUAGAUAUUAAAAUUACUGUAGUUCAAGACAAUUCUAAUAGUUUCUGAAGAGCAUCACACAUUAGUAUAAAAUUUCACACUAAAUGAACAGUGGUAAUUUGAUUAUUUAGGCCUUUGUACAAACUCCUGUCCUUGGAUUACCUUUGGGAUGUAUCUGUAAAAUAGUUAUACAAAGCUGAGUAGUUUUCUCAAACAGUAGAGGCUGUCGGGAAAAGGUUUACAGAAUCUUUCAUUUCUGUGUGAAUCAGAAAUACAAGUGUGUAGAAAACUAAAGUAGUGGACUUUUCAGUUAAAAUAGCAUGUUUUGAUUUGGAUUUGAUUAUGUUGGAAAUGUAUUUUGCAUUUGUACUCUUUGAAAUGUAUUAUACAGUAAUCACAAAAAAACGUUGUACCUCAUUGUUUAUAACUUGUGAAAUAUGGCCAUGCAACAUUUCAACACUCUUCUUAGGUUAUCAUGAGGCAAAAGAAAAUAAUGAUAAUUUGGCACAUUAGAGAAUAUAAGAUUAACAUAAUGUUCUAAGUGAGAACAACGACAAUAAAAUUAACCAACAGUAUUGUUGACUAUUUACAAACAGUAUCUAUGAAGUGGAAGAAAUAAGAUUAAAUACCUUUAUUUUUUUUUCUAUAUUCUUAUAAACAUUUUAUAAUUAAAGUGGUUUAUUUUAAAACAAAUUAAGUGGGUAGGAGGAGUGUGUUAUACUUAAAACAUGGGACAUUUGUUUUAUGAAUAGACAUUCUUUGAUUCAAAGUUCAAGGUCAGAAUUACCAUUUAUAGGAAGUAUCAGUUCAACUUCAAGGCUGUUUAACUUUUGCAAAUCAUUUUCACUUACAAGGGCUAGAGAGAUAGCUAAUUCUGUUUUGCAACAUAAUAUGCACUUCUGAAUACUUUACCAGUGGUUUCUUCAUGAUAUGCCAUACUUUUAGCACUAACGUUCUCAAGUAGUUCAGUUUUAGAAGAUUAUGAAAUUUUUAUUUAGGCCUUAUAUGUCCUUACGUUUUUUCCCUAAAGAAUAUUUAAUGUAUGGAUUUUGUAUCCCCAUAGCAAAAAAUUUGAAUUAUCACCAACUACACAGAGAUUUUCAUUUCAAUAUACUUAUCUACUCUGAAUGUUUGAAUCUUAGAAAAUAUAUUGCAACUAAGUUGUCCAUUUUUGACAAUGAUCCAGUAAUUUUUUCCACAAGAAUCAAAUAUUUGACCCAAAGACCAGUACACAGGCAAAUCAAUGUUUGUAGGCCUACUAUUAUCAGAUUUGUCUUAAUUUCUAUAAGGCCUAGGUUCUUCUUUUCAGUUAGAUUUUACAUCUUGUCAACAGCUACGCUUGUAAUGGUAAGACUUAGCACAGUAUAUCACAGUUCACAUGUUUAAUUUUUUUUUAAUUGCUGUAACAGGUGAAUUUGAAAAAUAUGGUUAAAUUUUACAAUUUACUGCCUUAUUACCAGUAUUUUCAUGGUCAUUUUUAUGUCAUUUGAUGUUGUGCUGAUCAUAAGGAAUUUCCUGCACCACUCAACAUAUUUUUGAAAACAUUUUUAUUUAUACUUGCUUGGUAUAUAGAAUGGGGAAAGGGUUCUGAUUCUGAGAUGCAGCUCCAUUGAAGCACUGCUUAUCAGGCCCAGUUCUCGUAUUAGUGAAUAGUUGAUACAAUAACGGUGUUCUGGUCAAGUAUUGGGAGUUUUAGUAAACUAUUGUUGAAUAGUUUAGUGUUUUCAAUACAGUACUAGAGAGUGGUCAGUCUUCCAGCAAUGUUCUAGUGAUUUAUGUGUAUAUAGUUCUUACUGUGAUUUCUUUGAAAUGAAAUCUAGAAAAGUUCCUCUGAAAUAAAGUUUUUAGUGCCAAAGAGAAAAAAAAAAUAAUGAGAAGUGAAAAAUUCACAGUUUGAAUAAGUAAGGUUUCUGAAAAAAUAAAUACUUAUCAUUUAUAAGUCAUUAAAAUUUCACUCAACUCAAAAGAACUGUUAAAUGUUUUCUUAUGAUUAUAGCAUGAAAGUUCUAAAACUUAUUUUUAGAGUUGGUCAACAUUUAGAAAAUUGAAGUGUUCCUAGUAAUUGGAUUAUUUUAGUGUAAAAUUUUCCGUGAUGUUUAACUUUCAUAAUAAGAUAUUACUGUGGUUUUGAAUAUAAAAAAACUAAAAUAAAUAAAUGACUGGAUUGAAAUGUACAUGAAA